AUCACAUCUCUCGCCUACUUCCAGAAUUCAAAACAUCAAAUUCAAUCAACUGAAAGCAUGGCUCCGACAGCUAUUGACACCGAGGUGCCUCUCCACACCAGCACCAAGGCUUCACAUCCGACCCCGCUGAAGUCAACCAACGCACUGGACCAAUACGAGUCCUUUGACGUGACCCCAAACAUUGGUCGCGAGUUCCCAAAGGCAAGCCUGGUCGACUGGCUCAAUGCCCCCAACGCCGAUGAGCUGAUUAGAGAUCUUGCCAUCACGAUCUCGCAACGCGGCGUUGUCUUCUUCCGCGCCCAAGACAACCUGACCAAUGAUCUGCAGAAGCAACUAAUCCUCCGAUUGGGAGAGCUCACCGGCCGACCCUCCGACUCCGGACUCCACAUCCAUCCGGUCCUUAACUCGGAGCGGGAGCUGGGUGGGGCCGAUCCAGAGAUCAGCACCAUCAGCUCGGUGCAACACAAGAAGAUCUACCGCAAGCCCUUGGAGGGCGAAGAGCUUAGCACCAAGAAGCAGUCGACUGCACAAUGGCACAGUGACAUUGCCUUUGAGCCUGUCCCGGCCGACUACUCGUCUUUGCGCCUCGUUGAGCUCCCCAAGACUGGCGGUGACACUCUUUGGGCAUCCGGAUAUGAGAUCUACGACCGGCUCAGUACUCCCUACCAGAAGUUUUUGGAAAGCCUCACAGUCACCUUUGAACAGCCAGGUUUUGCCGCCGCUGCCGAGCUUGGCGGCUUUACGCUCUAUGAUAAGCCGCGCGGCAACCCGAAGAAUAUUGGCAGCAUCCUCAAAGCUGUUCAUCCCGUCGUGCGAACGAAUCCAGUUUCGGGUUGGAAGAGUGUCUUCCCUGUCGGCGGCCAUGUGAAGCAUAUCAACGGCGUAACAGCUGAGGAAAGCAAACACCUGCUGGAUUGGUUUCUGGAAAUCUUGCAGAAGAACCACGAUGUCCAGGUUCGCCUCAAGUGGCAGAAUGUCAACGAUAUUGCUAUCUGGGACAACAGAAGCACCUUCCACACCGCAACCUUCGAUUAUGAUGACCAAGGACAAAGAUUUGGAAACCGAGCUGUAGGUAUUGGUGAGGCGCCUUACCAGGAUCCCAACAGCAAGGGACGCCGUGAGGCAUUGGGACUUUCUUAUGUGACCGGACCAUGAUUUUGAGCUAUGGAACUGUCAAGUAGUCUGAAAUACCUCAGUUUGAACGAUCAAAGUGCACC